AUGUCAGGCAGCCCAACUGCAUCCAGAGGAGAUCGUGCAAGUAGUAUCCAUGAAGACCGGAACCACUGCUCUGCCACAUCUCACCGAGGUCAUCGUGGAGCAGCUGUGAAAACGGUCCUGAGUAACAUGGGCCAUAGGGUGAAAAGAACUGGCGGUGGCAUUGGAAACAUAAGCAGCCCCUACAAAAUCCGACUGGUACUACUUAGUGUUAUGAUGGCAGUCUCGAACUUUGCAGUGCUUUGCAAACAUUCGCCGGCCGUGAGGGGGCUUCCCUUCCCCCCCGCGUCGGUGUCGGGCUCCCGGCCCUGCGGUGGCGGCGCGUCGGGGAGAGGCCUCCCGGGCCUCCCGCGCCGCGACCUGGGUGAACUGGAGCGUCUGAGCAACCUAGUUGGUAAACCAUCUGAGAACCAUCCCCUGCACAAUAGUGGACUGUUGAGCCUAGAUCCUGUUCAGGACAAAACACCUCUUUACAGCCAACUUCUUCAAGCCUACAAAUGGUCAAAUAAGUUGCAGUACCAUGCAGGGCUAGCAUCUGGCCUUUUGAAUCAGCAGUCUUUGAAACGUUCAGCCAACCAGAUGGGAGUAUCUGCAAACUGCAGACCAAAAGCCCAGCCAACAACUCUUGUCUUACCUCCUCAAUAUGUUGAUGAUGUGAUCAAUCGCAUUGAUAGGAUGUUCCCUGAAAUGUCUAUCCAGCUAUCCCGGCCAAAUGGAACCUCAGCAAUGCUUCUGGUUACCUUAGGAAAAGUGUUAAAAGUGAUAGUGGUGAUGCGGAGCCUCUUCAUUGACCGGACAAUAGUAAAAGGGUACAGUGAAAAUGUCUAUACUGAAGAUGGCAAGCUUGACAUAUGGUCUAAAUCCAACUAUCAAGUUUUUCAGAAGGUGACAGAUCAUGCAACCACUGCUCUGUUGCACUACCAGCUGCCUCAAAUGCCAGAUGUGGUAGUCAGAUCUUUCAUGACCUGGUUAAGAAGUUACAUAAAGCUGUUCCAGGCUCCAUGCCAGCGCUGCGGAAAGUUUCUGCAGGAUGGCCUGCCACCCACAUGGAGGGAUUUCCGAACACUUGAAGCUUUUCAUGACACUUGCAGGCAAUAGUAGCCCAGCCCAGCCGUUGGUAACGCGAGGAGAGAACAAUCUGUCGGGCUCGGAAGAGAACUGAUGGUUUAAUAGGUGGUUCAAUUUCUGAACCUUUCAUCCUGUACUAAGUAGUGAGGUUGCACUAAUACAUUUGACUAUUUAAAAGCCAUCAGUCUGCAAGGUACGUGUGAGACUAAUGUAUUUUGAAGAAGAUGGUAAGAAGCUGUGUGUGAUCGCUUGAUGCUUCUGAGCUGAAAUGAUAUGUCUGGGGAGAUCUGACAGUAAUAAUCGUUAUUCUAAACCUUAAUGAAAAUAUCUGUGUACAGUUAGUGUUUUGUGACAGAAUUUGCAAUGUUGAAGACUUUUAUAAGAUUGAAAUAAAUUUUGUAUUCCAG